AUGAAAGAAAUCUAUUGCGGAUACGAGAACCAGCUCUUUAAAGAGGAGGAUCUUACUGGGGAGGAGGAAGAGAUGACUUCCUUUAGAGGAAGAACCAGAGGUGGCUGUGUGAAAUGCCAGCAGACACGUUCUCUGCAGCUGGCCGUUAAAGUGCUGUACAGUUUCUUUGCCUUCCUCAUCAUAGCAGUGGCAGUGCUGGCAUCACUUGUGUUUAGGAAGGUCGACAACUUAUCAGAAAAGGAAUCCUUUUAUCAUAAGAAGAUUACCAAGGUCCAGGAAAGUAUACAAGAUCUUAGCACUGCCAGCAACUGCUCGGACUGCUUCAAUGUGGCCCACUUCAGCGAGGAGAUCAGUAGGCUGAAGGGGGAGUUUGAGGACCUCCAGAAGAUGAUCCUGGGUCAGGAGCAGGUCCUGGACCAGGCCUUCCAGACCCAGCAAACCCUGAAGUCAGCCAGCAGCAGGAUGACCCGAGACAUGCAGAACUACUCCCUGUCCAUCAGGCUCAUCAACCAGACCCUGGAGCGUUACGUACACCAGGUGGACGGAUGGAAGGCAGUCAUCACCGAGACGGACGAGAGCAUGAAGACUCUGUCUCAGGAUCAGUAUGACCUCAAGGCCACGGUGAAUCAGGUCAACACCACGGUGGCCCUCAGCUCCUUGUGGAUGGACGCCCUGCAGAGGAAGACCGAUGAGGAGACGCUGGUCCUGCAGAAGAUGACCGCUGACUGGCAGAACUACAGCCGGGUGUUGAGCGGUCUGAAGUCUAACUCUAGCACCACCACUCAGAUGGUGAGGAGCGUCCAGAGCGGCAUCUCGGCCACGCACCAGAGGAUCAGCAUGAGCUCGGAGAUAGUGCACGACCUUACCCUGCAGGUGAUGCACCUGCAGAUGCAGCUGGACAACGUCACCUCCUUCAUGGACGAGCACGAGGAGAACAUGCACGACCUCCACUACCACUCCAAGUACUACGAGAACCGGACGGGCGAGAGGUUCAUCACCAUGGACGCCCGCAUGAACUCCAUCGAGAUGGAGAUUGACACCAUCUCGUCCAGCAUCAACGCCACAGUGAGCCACGUGCAGAGCAUGUACAAGUACAUCAACAUCGAGAGCACUUCGUGCCAGACGCGGCUUGGGGGCCACACGGAGGACCUGCACAACCUGAACACAACGGUGCUACUGCUGAUGCACCUGGCUGACACCCUGAGGCAGCAGUACAUGCUCCUGAGCGUCCGUCUAGACGUGGACGUCAGGAACCUGUCCAUGGUCAUGGAGGAGAUGAAGCUAGUGGACACGCACCACACCCAUGUCAUCCAGAACUUCACCAUUCUGAAAGGUGCACCUGGCCCACCAGGUCCAAAGGGCAACAGAGGGGAAGGAGGGGCCAAAGGUCCAGUUGGCCUGACAGGAAACAAAGGAGACAAAGGCCUAGCGGGGAACCGUGGCCCUCUGGGAGAGAAGGGCUUCAUCGGGCCGGAGGGAGCUCAGGGGGAGCCAGGACCAAUAGGAGCCAGAGGCGGAGUGGGGAUCAAAGGGGCGAAUGGUUCUGUGGGCCAGCUUGGCCCCCGUGGAGAAAGAGGAGAGAAGGGAGAUAUAGGUACUGUUGGUAAGGAUGGACUGCCAGGCCCCAAAGGGCCAAUGGGAAUACAGGGCCAAGCAGGGCUACCAGGGGUGCACGGGCUACCCGGUCCAAGAGGAAAGCCUGGGCCUGUUGGUCCACAUGGAACCCCUGGCCCACCAGGCCUACCAGCUUACCCAGCCACAGUGUCUUGA